GGGCGUGCAACGCUUUUUUGGGGAAGGGGGGGAGGGGAGGGGGGGCCAGUGUCUCAAUUCUCCAAUAACGGCCCGUCGAACCGAGAUCCGUCGUGGGAAAUUUUGAGCGGCCCCGACCCCGUUCGACCCCGUCCGCACGGCACGUCUAUAGGUACCUCGACCGCCGUGAGUUGUGGAGGCUGUAGGUACGUUUUGUUGGUGGUUUCCAUUUUCCCAGCGCUUGCCAGGUCCGUCGCGCGUAACAAGCUGCCGAACAGCCAGGGAAUCCGAAGCUCAACUCGUUCUCUGAGUCCAGCUUCGAGCUCCGCUCCUCCCGGCCGUCCUCCGAGCCGCCGCCCACCCCCCCAUCACCGACCGGCCGGAACUGACCACUGGUACACCCCGUUACAGACGAACGACAGCAGCGGCCCCCAGCGCAAAGCAUAUUCUACGGCUUGACGGCACACGGAAAGUUAGUUGUUGCGUGGGUAUACAUACACCAUACCUCGAACCAUACCGAAGGACAGGGUUGCGACGAGCCAAGGUCGGCUGUGAGGGAAACAAAUAGCUUUCGCGAUGCUGGCGGUAACAAAGCUGGGCUUGCGCGCCCGCUUGCCAGGCUCGCUGGCGACGACGACGACGACAACCUCGCCAGUCAUGGCCGUGGGUCGGGCUCUCUUCUCUACUUCAGAGAACAGGGCAGCCGCCAACAGAAGAACUCAAGCGGCUAUUCGCAAGCAUACCGGCAAUGCCGUGAGGCAAACCGGCAAGCAACCGGCGCCGAGUUUAGAGAGGGCUAAGCUGGACCCUUCCAAGGCGCCCACCUUUGUUCUCCCAGAAACCUUUGUCAUUCCUCCCUUGUCACGCUUCCCGAAACAGUUCAAGCCGCUCAUGUCCUACCUCUGGGGCAUCAUCCGUGUCAAGUCGUUGGACUUUUUACUGGCCAGACAAUAUCGGUUCUCGUCCAUGCCUGGCUGGAGACAGAAGCCGCUACUUUCGCUCAAGAAGGCGCCUUUGAUCGCACAGACCAAGGCCCUGCACCGACAGAUGAACGAGGCCAUCGCCUCGGGCGACGCGGAAAUGCUAGAGAAGAUUGUCGACUCGUACUUGUACGUGCCGUUGGCGGUUAACAUCGAGCAGAGGCCCAAGGGCCGCACCUGCACAUGGGAGCUAGUGCGCUACAACAAGGAGCCGCGCAUCGUCUCCCACAAGAUCUUCCCUCUGCAGGGAACCAAGGAUAAGCUGUUGUGGCAGGUCACCGUGUCCAUUGCCAGCCGUCAGCGCGUGGUCGAGCACGAGAGGGGUAGGGUCGUGCCCGGUAGUGAGAAGGAGCUGGAUCUGGUCGAGAACGUGGUGAUCGGAACCAUGAUCAGCAACGAGACGUGGGCAACGCAAAAUGCGUGGAAAAUUAUCUCUACCGUUCAGCCCAUGACGCCAGAGAAGUGGGAGCGGGAGCAGGAGACGGUCAAGCUGCUGGCUGAGGCGGGUGCCGGGUCGAGCUAGUUAGAGAAGACAUACCCUGGAGAGUUUCAUAUUGUGAGAGGCGUUCGGUGUCGGUUACUGUGUAGUGAUGAGUAGGGACAGCCUACAGUUGUACGAUUACACAACGGUCUAGAGAAAACCAAAAUGUACAUUAAGCUUCUAAAGUCCAACGGGCACCAAAAUCUAGCGGGCGGCUUACAUGAACAAGACAGCAGCGGUCCUCCGAGCUAAAGACGUUGGGACCAGAUAUCAUGCUUGAAGCAGCCAUGACA